AUGCUUCUGUUCAAGGUUGUCUCCGUGUCGCUCCGGCUUUUCAACCUCUUCUGCUCGGGAGCCUCCUUCACAAAACCCAUCCGAAGCCCCGGUGGCGGUGAUUCUCACAUCUUGUGGUGCUACGGGUGCUAUUACUUCAUCUCGAUCGAGUGGAUGAAGUUCUAUCUUGCGAGCGCCACGAUCAUUGAGAUUAUGAGAAUGGCCACGCUCAAGGUCUUCUAUUACUCCAACUCAAGCCCCACACGAUGCUCCAGUCUCUGGGUCCUAGAGAUUCAUUACUUUGACGAAGAGAGGCACCUCACAUGGGAUGACUGCUUAUAUACCUGGCGCGUGAUGAACGACUCGUCCCCCGAUGGGACCGUCAUCCGCUUCAACGACCGGUCCGCCUACUUUGACUACUUGUGCGUUACGGGCGUCCCCCACCAGUUCACUUGCGUCUCCAAGCUCGGCGAUGACUACAUCUCGAGCUCGCCUAACAUUACAUGUACCAUGAUCUCCCGGCCCGAAGAGCCGUGGAAGAAGAGCGAGGUACAUAUGCAGGACGGCCAAUACUGCCUCUACUCUGGUGGCAAAACGUACAUCGGGUAG